ACAUUGAGACACACAUGCUCACAGUUUAGUUUUAGUGUCCGAGAGUGUAAAGAUCAGGGAAGAUCCCACUCCACGCUGUGGGUUGACCCCUGAUUCUCCAGGUCUCCACGUCAAGGGUACUGGCUGCACAGCAGGGACACAAUCACAGUGAGGAGUUGCCAUGGACCUAGGGAAGAAGCUGAGCACCCCACAGGACAUCAUGUUGGAGGAGUUAUCUCUGCUGUCAAACAGAGGAUCUCGACUGUUCAAAAUGCGCCAGAGGAGGUCUGACAAGUACACAUUUGAAAGCAUUCAAAACGAAGCCAACACGCUACUGAACAAUGACAUUUUGAAUGAAAAUGCACAUCAUGUGGAAAUCAAAGUGGAGCCACCAUCCCCUGGAAACGUUGCAGAAAACACCUCUUCAGAGAAGCUCAACACCACAGCCGUGCACAGGAUUUAUCACUCCCCGUGGGCGGAGGCCAUCCUCGGUGACCCUAGCCUCACUGAAACUCUCCAGCUGGGGAUGCCAGAGCUGGAGCCCCGAGCCGAACUUCCCGAGUACAAAUGCUUCAACCGAGUUGCUACUCCGUACGGAGGCUUUGACAAAGCUCCCAAAGGAAUUACAUUCAAGCUCCCGGAGGUGGACCUGAAUCCCCCCCAGUACCAAGAGCUCCGAGAGCCGGGGGCGAAGAGGCCCACAUUCAACAGGACGGCCCAGGGGUGGCUAUCUGAGGGAGCGCAUCUUAUCAUACCCACAAUCAUUCUGGAGCCUGUCAGCGUGCCCGAGUCUGACGACCUGUAGAUGGUUCAACUGGACCUCCCAGCUGCAUGUAGUUUGUCAGAUCAGCCUGAGAAAAAAGUAAAACCAGGCAGCUCUGUUGCAACUCGUGAAUAAUCUAAGAUUUGUUCGAUACAAAGGCCAAAAGCUGUGAGAUACAUUCUGACGUUCACAUGUAUUUUUAAGCUAAAUAUAUUCAGACUAUAUCGUGUAAAUAAUGAAACAUGCAGAAAAUGAGUUCAACAACACAGCUGUCCAUCUUCA